CGUUUUAGCUGCCACGACCAUUAUUACGACUAUCACCAGUGCUACUAAUACUAAUUCUUAUUAAUAAUAAUAUUUUUGUAAUAAUACGUAAUUAUCAUUAUUUCGAGUAAACCAAAAAAGAAAAUCAGAUAGACACACUAUACACUACACGCUACACGCUACAUCCAUAUACAAGUACACAUACUUUAAUGUCGACUGAAAAAUUAAGAGGAAUUGGACAGUUGUCAGCUGAAUGUCAACGCUUGGUUCGUCGCCUUGCACAAGUAGACUCGAUUCCACUCCAAAAAGAAGUCGCCACACUCUUGAAAAGCGAUUUACGUACAUUUGAACAUGAUAUUCAACAAGUAAAACAACUUGCAGAAGAAGAAGAUAGUCUGGCUUCAAAGGAAUCUAUUCUUGGUAAACUAGCAGAAUACGAGACCCAGUUCAAGCAACUUCAAAUUAGCUCACGUCAAGCUAUAUGGCAAUCUAAACAAAGAGUCGAACAACAAGAUCGAAAGCAACGUGAAGAACUGUUUGGAAUGCGUGGAAAAAUGGAUGAAAAGAGCUUUACCGAGCAAUAUGAGCUCAAGCAGAGACACACACACGGAGACCAAAGGUUACUACAGGCUUCUUCAGAGGUAACGGAAGCACUUGGAAAGACAAGAAAAUUGAUGGAGCAAGAAUUGGAAAAGAGCUCCUAUUCUGCAAUUAUGUUAGCCGAUUCUUCAAAGACCCUUAUGGCAACACGAUCAGAAUAUGCCAACCUUGGAUCUCUUAUGACUAUAUCGAAAAGAUUGAUCUCUCAACUAGAGUCCGCAGAUUGGUUUGAUCGAGUCUCUCUUUUGUUGGGAGUAUUUCUGUUUUGUGGAGUGGUACUGUAUAUUAUCAAGAAGCGUACUUGGGAUGUAGGUAUUUCGUGGAUCGGUUGGCUCAGCGGUCACUCCACAACCACAAAGACCAUCAAAGACGCUACUGUCACCGCCACAACUGCACUUCUCUCAAACCCAACAGCAACCAUUGCAGUAGUUUCGGAAGCUACUCCGUUGGUAGCUUCAUUUAUUGCCAGUACUACAACUCUUGAAGUACUUUCAGAAGUGUCUCCUUUGGCAACCUUGACUAUUGCCAAAAAAGCAACUCUCGACAUAGUUUCAGAAGCCGUUCCUGCGGUAGCUUCGUCUAUUGCCAGCAAAGCAACUCUUGACAUUGUAUCAGAAGCAAUUCCCGCGGUAGCUUCGUCUAUUGCCAGCAAAGCAGCUCUUGAAAUAGUCUCAGAAGCAGCACCCUCGGUGGCUUCGCCCAUUACCAGCAAACCAACUCUUGAAGUAGUUUCAGAAGUGAUUCAUCUGGUAGCUUCGACUAUUGCUAGUACAGCACCAAUUAGGGAUGAGCUAUAAGCUUUUCGAUUUUGAUUUUGAUUUCGGUUGAUACUUUAGACUCCUUUACACACAUACAUAUAUAAACAUUCAUAUAAAUAUAGUGUACCGAAUUGUACCAUAUUUAAUGAUAAUCUCCCAUUAAAAAUAUAUAAUACCUGUUUGUUCGGUUUACUGUU